CUACGCCGUUUCAUCCUCCAUUUCUCAAAACCUAUAUAUCGCACUCACGCAUUCAGAUUCACUCUCCCCUUCGAAAAAAACACACACAAACAGAGAGUAGGAAAAUUGAAAAUGGAGAAAGAAGGUUUCGGGCUGGAUAUAACGGAGCUCCGGCUGGGUCUCCCCGGCGGAGCGGAUAGAAAUGAGAAGAAGAGGGUGUUUUCGGAGAUCGAGGGCGGGGGAAAGGACGGCCGGAAAGUGUCGUCGGCGACGCAGGAUAAGAAGAGUAGUGAGGUGGUUGUGGGGUGGCCGCCGGUGUGCUCGUACCGGAGGAAGAACAGCUUUAACGAAGAGAAGGAUAUUAAUAAUGGGGGGAAGCUGUACGUUAAGGUGAGCAUGGAUGGAGCGCCGUUUCUCCGGAAGAUGGAUUUGACGAGUCACCGGGACUACUCCGAUCUUCUCCAUGCUUUCGACCGCCUCUUUGAUUGUUUUGGCAUCGGUGAGGUGCUAGAGGAUGCAGACAAUUCUGAAUACGUUCCCAUCUAUGAAGACAAAGAUGGAGACUGGAUGCUGCUUGGAGACGUUCCAUGGGACAUGUUCGUUGAAUCAUGCAAGAGGCUGAGGAUUAUGAAGAGGUCGGAGGCCUUGGGUUUGGAGCUGCACCCCAAAAAUUACCUAAGGUUAAAGACGAACGACGAUGAUUAAGAAUAUUGGGGCACGAGUUGAUUCUAAAGAGUUUAAGAAUUUUACCAUUUUUUUCUUCCGUCUCGUCUCGAGGACUUUCUUUUUUGUUUGAUCAUGUUUAUUUCCGUUGUUAAGAAAAGAUAAUUCUUGUUUACGAGUAUUAGACAUUGGUUUUGUUUAUAUGACUCAAGCUAGAGGGGGAGACUUGAAUUGCUUCCUCUUUAUAUAUAUACAUCGUAUAUUUUAUGUAUGUUUGACUCGUCAAUUCGAUCUUAUAUAAAUGUGGGUCUUUUUUCUUUGCA